UCUGCCGCGACCCAUCGGCCACGCGAGAAGAAUUGGCACGAGGGUGUGGAGAAGGGGGGAGGUGGUCUAGACCAUGAGCUGGACACAUUAUAGCCAUAUCGUCCCACCGCGCCGGACUUUCCUGAUUUUCGUUGUGCUGUGUGUUUGAGCUUCCCGAGAGUCACGGCAGUCCAUCAAGGUCGACACAAUGGCAGCGGGCGUAGAGUCGUUUAAAAACAUCGAGACAGUCGCCCUGGUGGUCGACGAAGCCAAGGCGGACUUCAAGCUCCAGCCCAUUGUGCUUGACGAAGUGCGAGGCGAUGAGGUCCUCAUUGAGAUGAAGUACAGUGGAAUCUGCCACACGGAUAUCGUACUGCAACAAGGCCUUCUGCCUCUCUGUGAUUUUCCCGCCGUGUUUGGUCACGAGGGUGCCGGCAUCAUCCGAGCAAUCGGCAAAGAUGUGAAGAACAAGGAGCUCAAGGUCGGAGAUGCUGCGCUCCUCUCCUUCAACCACUGUGGAACGUGUACUGCGUGCGUGGGAGAUCACCCUGCGUAUUGCCACACUCACGCCCUCGUCAACCACAACGCCGUGAGACUCUCCGAUCGAAGCACGCCUGCACGCCGACCCAAUGGCGAGGCCGUUCGCUCGCAGUACUUUGGCCAGUCCUCUUUCUCCAAGAUGUCUGUCGUCAACGAGAAGUGUGUCGUCAAAUGCCCCAACCCGGACCGCAUGGACAUUUACGCGCCCUUUGGCUGUGGUGUGCAGACUGGGGCCGGCACGGUGCUGAACGUACUGAAGCCGACCAAGGACGAGUCUCUUGUCAUCUUCGGAAUCGGCACCGUUGGCAUCUCUGCGCUCAUGGCCGCAAAACACAUCGGAGCGGGCCAGAUUAUCGCUGUGGACAUUGUCGACGCCAAACUGCAGCUCGCCAAAGAACUGGGCGCGACGGCGGUCGUCAAUUCGAAGGAGCAGCCCGACACCGUCGCCGCCAUCAAGGCACUGACGAAUGGCAAAGGCGCAAAAUACACCAUCGACUGCACCGGUCUAUUGCCCGUCAUCCAGACCAUGGUGGACUGCCUGCAGCCCGAAGGCACAGCAGCGGUCGUUGGCGUGCCCCCGCCCGACGCCAAAAUCUCCAUCGACCCGCUCAUGUUCCUGCUGGACAACAAGAAGCUUAUCGGCGUGAUCGAAGGCGACUCCAACCCGUCAGACUUCAUCCCCAAGCUCAUCCAACUGCAUCAGGACGGCCACUUCCCGAUCGAGAAGAUCUGCAAGACGUAUCCUGUCGACAAGCUGGCCGAUGCUAUCCACGACCUUCACACGGGUGCAGUCACGAAGCCCGUGAUCGAUUGGGGUUAAAAGCGGAGAAAGGGUUAUUAGAUCUUCCGCACCACCAAGUCUCGAAGAUAUUAGGUAGAUAUUGCGCAACUAUAUUCUCAUUACAUCGUGAU